AUGUCCUCUGUUAAUUCUAUUGCAAUUGAUAUUCGUUAUCCACAAUUUUUUCGUCAAUCAUCAAUUGAUUCGUCCGUAGAAAUAAUUGAAGGUAAAAGUGCUGGAAGUUUUAUUGGAUUUAUUAAUCUUAUUAAUUAUACAAAUAUAAUACCAAAUGAAUGGUCAUUGAAUAUGACUGAAACAGAUUUUAAAAUUCAAUCAAAUGGUUUAUCCUAUUCAUUAAUAACAACAAAGACGCUCGAUCGUGAGCGUAAAAAUUUUUAUGAAUUUCUAAUUAAUGCGCAACAUCUUAUUCCACCUUAUGAGAAAGUAUCUAAACUUGUUCGUAUUCGUAUUCUUGAUAUUAACGAUUGUGUACCAGAAUUUAAUCAAACAGUUUAUCAAACAACAAUGGUACCCAAUGUAACAAGUUUUACUGUAAAUGCAUUUGAUUGUGAUGACUCGAAUACGGAUAAUAAUCGAAUAACAUAUUCUUUGGCUAAUUAUCAAGAUUUAUUUCAUAUUAAUGAGACAACUGGUAUGAUAGAAUGUAUCAAAAAUACACAUACAUAUGAACGUUAUGAAAUUAUUGUUGUUGCGCGUGAUCAUGGUAAACCAACAUUAUCAUCAUCGACAUUAGUACAAAUUCAAUUAGUAUCGUCGGCACAUAAAAAUAAUCGUGCGCCUGCGCCAUCAUCUUGGCUACAUACUGAACAAAGUCCUCAAAAUAUGCUUAUACUUGCUGGUGUUCUAGCUGCUUUAUUUGUAUUUAUGUCAUUAUUUAUAUGUCUAAUAUGUUGUAUAAAAUAUAAAAUAAAACGCUGUAAAGAAAAACAUAUAUUAACACCAACUACAACAAUGAUAUCAACAAAUUUUAAUAAUACACAUUCAAUAUUAAAUGAAAAACCAUUUUCUUCAACAUCAUCCACAACAUCAUCGAAUGAUCUUCAACAACAUACGGCGAAUGGAGAAUUUACACGUAUAGCGGAUGAUUUACAUUUUGAACGAACAGCGAUUCUCUAUGAUGCAAUGAAUGUCUUUCCAAAUACCUAUUAUUUACCACUUAAACGGCAAACGGAAUUAAUUGAAAAUGUAAAUAAUUCAAAUAAUAAUGAUGCAUCAUUACAUUUACCACAAACAUCAUCAUCGUCGACAAGUAGUCCAAUAUCAGCAACAGUUAUGGAUACGAAAGCUGGUUCAGAUGAUGGAUGUUAUUGUUCAAGUGAUAUGUCAUCGGAGCAAUCGAAUAAUCUUCUUCUACUAAAUCCAUCGUCACUUUCAACAGCAAAUUCAAAAAUGUCUUCGAAACAUGUACGAUUUAAUGAAAAUAAUACGAAUGUAGAUGGAGCUCUAAAACGUUUUGAAAAUCUUUACGGAUCACGUACAACGUCGGACCAUUGCGCUUCUUAUGUUUGA